AUGUUCUGCUUCUGUUUGCAGAAUUCCUUAUUGAAGCUGCAGGCCCUGGAAACUGAUCUGUGUUCUGCUUUCUUGCCAACUCAGGAGGAGGGGGUGCAGGCUCAUGGCUGCAAGGAGACGAGCGGCUCACUAGUCCAGACCGUGCCAAGCGAGGGGCUCUGCCAUGCAGAACCAGCGAUGGUGCACAGAGAACCUCAGAACGACUCUGAUCACAGUGCGGAGGAUACACGCAGCUGUGGGUCCAGCCGGCUGUUGUUCCACAUUACAGAUGGAGAUAAUCCUCUACUCUCUCCACGAUGCUCCAUCUUUAGUCAGAGUCAAAGAUUUAACCUGGAUCCAGAGUCUGCACCAUCCCCUCCCAGUACCCAGCAGUUCAUGAUGCCAAGAAGCACGUCAAGAGGGAACUGUGAAGACCCAAAAGAGCCUCUUACAGUCAUACAGCUCACCAAACAAAUCCAGAACCUCAAGAAGAAGAUCAGGAAAUACGAAGAUAAAUUUGAGCUGGAGAAAAACUAUCGUCCAUCUCACAGUGAUAAGACAUCUAAUCUUGAAGUUCUGAAAUGGAUGAAUGACUUGGCAAAGGCUCGCAAGCAACUCAAAGAGCUAAAGUUAAAGUUCUCUGAAGACCAAAAUGUGCCAAGAGCCACACAGAAUCAGACAUACGAAGAAACAUCUGUGGCAUCCAAAGCAAUGGAGCAGCAUGGAGCCACCAGCUCACCAAUGUCUUCUGUAGAGGAAACAGUAGAGACUGUAUGGAAGAGGCUAAAAGAGAAGCGACAACUUCUAAAUCUUCCAGAAAAUUUAAAGCAAGAGAGAAGUCUUAUGAAACCUUUGUAUGACAGAUAUAGAAUUAUAAAGCAGCUGCUAUCUACUGCAACUCUGAUUCCAACAAUUCAUGAAGAAGAGGAUUCAGAAGAUGACAGUGCCCAGAACUCAUCCUGUGAAUUCACAUUGACAGCAGAACCAGAUCAGGUUGUAGAUGAGCAUCUCUUUUACUGCAGUGAGGAUCCAGAACCUGCAUAUGUCUCGCCUCUGGAUGAAAAAUGUCCAGUACGGCCGUCAGCACUUUCCAUGUCCAACCUUCAUGAAGCAUCGAUGCCUGAACUUCUUGAUCACCUUCGAGAAACCAGAGCAGAUAAGAAAAGGUUAAGAAAAGCUUUAAGAGAAUUUGAAGAGCACUUUUUACGACAGACUGGAAGGAGCGCACAGAAAGAAGACAGAAUACCAAUGGCUGAAGAGUACUGUGAAUACAAACAGAUAAAAGCCAAGCUUCGGCUCCUGGAAGUCCUGAUCAGUAAGCAAGAUGUAUCUAAAACGAUUUAG